AUGGCAGACGAGGUGAUCCUUCUAAGUUUCUGGCCAAGCAUGUUCGGAAUGAGAACGAAUAUCGCGUUGGAGGAGAAAGGAGUUAAGUACGAGUAUAGAGAAGAAGAUGUGCUCUAUAACAAGAGCCCUUUGCUUCUAGAGAUGAAUCCAAUUCACAAGAUGGUCCCGGUUCUCAUCCACAACGGUAAACCGGUCUGCGAAUCCAUCAUCCAGCUCCAGUACAUCGAAGAGGUCUGGUCAAACAAGAAUCAAUUACUUCCUUCUGAUCCUUACCAGAGAGCUCAAGCCUUAUUCUUGGCUGAUUUCGUGGACAAGAAGUUGUAUGUUUGCGGGAGAAAGACUUGGGCGACGAAAGGUGAGGAGCUAGAAGAAGCCAAGAUGGAGUUUGUUGAAACACUCAAGACUCUUCAAUCUGAGCUCGGAGAUAAACUUUACUUUGGUGGCGAUAAAUUCGGGUUUUUAGACAUUGCCCUGAUUGGAUACUACAGUUGGUUUCCAGCGUACCAGAAGUUUGGUAACUUCAGCAUCGAGCCAGAGUGUUCGAAACUGAUGGCCUGGGACAAAAGAUGCAUGCAGAGAGAUAGUGUGGCUAAGUCCUUGCCUGAUCCUGAGAAAGUUGUUGGAUACGUUUUAGUGCUUAAGAAGUUAUAUGGGAUUGAGUAA